GAAUGGCGCAGCUGCAGGAAGCAGAAGUAUCUUGCAUCUCACCAGCUCCCUGGAACAGACUUUGCAGUAAUUAAAACCUAUGUGCAAUGUCCAUGGGGGCGUUGCGGUUGUUGACGUUGGGGCAAAUCUGCACAGCGUCAGUCUCCAGACACGGCAGAUUCAGCGGAUGGUCAUCACUGAAUGUCAGAGCUCUCGGAUCAAGCAAUGUCCAUAGAAACGACUUUCUGACAACUCCCAUCUUUUAUGUCAAUGCAGUUCCUCACAUUGGGCAUCUCUACUCCGCCUUAAUCGCAGACUGCGCUCACAGAUGGCAGCGGAUAUCUGGAGCGGAAGGGACAAUUUUCUCGACGGGAACGGAUGAGCACGGUCUGAAGGUUCAACAGGCUGCUUCCCUCGCCGGGAAAGAACCUUUGGAGUUCUGUGACGAAGUCUCGCAAGAAUUUAGACGGCUCUUCGAUACCAGCAACAUACAGUACACAGACUACAUCCGAACAACAGAAAAGCGACACCACAAUGCUGUGGACACAUUCUGGACCACGCUGCAAGACAAUGGCUUCAUCUACAAAGGGGAAUACGAAGGCUGGUACUCAACGUCAGAUGAGACAUUCCUCAGCUCACAGCAGGUGGAGGAUGGUAUCGGCAAAGAUGGUUCAAAGGUCAAGGUCUCAGUGGAAACUGGGAAUCCAGUGGAAUGGACUUCAGAGACCAAUUACAUGUUCAAACUCAGUGACUUCUCAACCAGGCUCCUGGAAUGGCUGGACAAGAACCCUAGAGCGGUGUAUCCACCAAAGUUUCACAACAUGGUACGUCAGUGGGUACAAGAUGGCCUGCAAGAUCUUUCUGUCUCAAGACAGCGAGACAGAUUACAGUGGGGAAUCCCCGUCCCUGGUGACUCAUCUCAAACAAUUUAUGUGUGGCUGGACGCCUUGGUCAACUACCUGACCGUGAGUGGAUUCCCUGGUCAAACAAAACUAUGGCCAGCAACACACAUCGUUGGAAAAGACAUCCUGAAGUUCCAUGCAAUCUACUGGCCUGCGUUUUUAAUGGCUGCUGGUUUGUCUCCUCCUAAAUCCAUAGUCUGCCAUUCUCACUGGACCAUGGGAAACUUCAAGAUGUCAAAGAGUAGAGGUAACGUGGUGGAUCCCUUUGAACGACUCAAGACCUACACCCCUGAUGGUCUUCGGUUCUUCCUCCUUAGGGAAGGAGUCCUACAUUCAGAUGGGGACUACACAGACGAGAAAAUUCUGAAACUUCUGAACUCGGAGCUAGCGGAUACAUUUGGUAAUCUGUUGUCAAGGGUGACAGGCAAAGCCUUAAACCCUUUCCAAGUUUUUCCAAAAUGCCAUGCUGAGCUAUUCCCAUGGCAACAGUCAAGCCAGCUUGCAUCAGGAAGAGCAACUGCGGAGGACUAUGCUUUGGUUUCAGCCGUUUCAUUAUUACCAGAUUCAGUGGAUUCUCACUACAACAACUUUGAAGCCUACAAGUCGCUCGACGAGAUCAUGUCAUGCCUGAGGCAAGCCAACGCCUUCAUUCAACGACACGAACCCUGGUACCUCAUCAAGGAUAAGGAUCAAGAACCCUGGCUGGAAACUGUCCUCUAUGUUGCCAUGGAAACACUUCGGAUUUGUGGGAUACUCAUGCAGCCAGUAAUACCAGAAAUGGCCAAAAGGCUGCUAUGCAGACUUGGUGUUGAGGAAAGCGACAGGACUUUGAAGGACUUGGAAUGUUUUCAAGGAAUGCAGCGAGUUAUUGAAAGUAGACCUCUUGGAGAAGACACAGGGGUGUUAUUUUCACGACUUCAGUUUAAAAACCGGAGAUGAUGACAACACUGUCAUAUGAAUGUAUGAAAAAACUAUAGAGCUUUAUUGAGAUUUUGUUAUGCAAGAUUAUGCUAUGUGGUAAUUGCAACUUUUGGAUGACAAUUUGAAGCUGUGAUGGAUGAACAAUUUAACUUCAUUUUGUGAAAGAAAGUUGUCAUAGAUUCUGCCAUAAUAAAGUAAUUUAGGAAAGUCUGAAGCUUUUUGCUAGACCAGUAUACAAUUUGUCGUUAUUAAAAUGCUACAAUAGGCUUCUGUGGUCAUCAAGGCCCACAAUAAAAAUAACAAAGAGAAGCGGUUUUAUUGUUUUAAAAUACAAGUCACAGAAAAUAAUUAUAAAGUUUAUACAGGCCUUCAAUUCAUUUAAAUGUCAUGCGAAUUGGUACACAAAGGCUUGUUCUACAAUUAUCUAUUUGAAACGAACAUAGUUCUGAAAACAUAUAGAUUCAGAAAAUUUUAAUGUGGCUGCUGAAACCAUGGAGGUAUAGAAUACCCCCAUGCUGAAACCUUGUACUUCAUCACACGAAAUCCAACCCGAAUUUUUGAAUAGCGCCCUCUGUUGACUAAUAAUGGAAAGUGCAUUAACUGGUUACCAACAUUCACCCGACAUAAUGAAUAAAAUGCACAGAGCACCAGCCAAAUCACAUUGGGUGGUCUUUCCAAAACAAGUUAGUUGUUGAUGAGGAAACCUACCACGUGCAGUCGAUGCAAUUUAAAUACCAACAUAAACAAAUAGUUUAUUUGAUAAACAUCAGUGUUUUUAAUCAUUUGUGAAGAAAUUGCUCACGUCAGAAAUUAAUGAAUAAAAAGGGUAUCUAAAAUGUGUUUUCUGAGUAGUUUAUUGAAAGAGGGUCCAAGAAAAGUUUCAACCAAUGGACCACCCACGUGAAAGUUCAGUAAAUGGCUAGGGAAUUAGAAAUGCCAUUGGAAUGUGUGUAUGUUCUGGUUGAGCCAUAGACAUAGAGUUUGUACAUGUUUGUGUUGGGCAGAGAUUUUGUUUAUAAUUUUGACAUUUCUACGGCAUUGUCGUUGAGUUUGUUUAAAGAGGAAUUUCUAUACUGAUACCAUGUGUUCGUUAUGGAGAGUUUAGCCAAGUAAACGACUGGUAAACUAGUGUUAUAUCGAUGGGAAACGUUGGUGAAGCAACUCGAGUUCAAAAAAGAUGGUGCCAGCAUAACUAGAUUUCAGAGUGAUGGAUAAAUCAGCAAGAUGAGCAGUUGAAAUCUAUUAGCAAUCCAUAUUGGU